UCCAGAAGGCAUCUUCUUAACCAUUCUUCUCCUCCAGCACACUCUGCUUUCUCAAGCUUUAUGUGAGCUGCUCAUCUUCACACAUUGAAGCAGGCUGUAUCCAGAUAGAGUUGAGGAAUUUUAUAGCAAGUCGACUUUCCUGCCUAUAUCAAAGGAGCCGAUCAGGAGUCGAUUUCCAACAGCUCCAAUAAAACCCAGACGCUUCUAGCAAAGCUGAUUUGUGCCACUGACACUGGUCCUGAAAUGACUUGAACUUAAAAGGACACACAUCACCCCAAACUACAACUCCAGCUGCACCAACAAGAGUGGGACACCUCACUGCAGUUUGAGAAAUGGGAAGAGCUUUAAGUUGUGAAGUAUAACUUUUGGUGAUUGAAGGGAGAUGUAGAGUAUUGUACUGUGCCAAAACAAUUAUAGGAGAGUGUUUGUGAUGUCAGAGAAUUACAGAAAUAUGUAAAUUUGUUCUGAAUUAGGUGGUCAGCUUCAACCUUUGAUCAACCACCAUCUUGAUGUACAUUGAAUAAACGGCAAGAGAUGGACAGAAACAAGAAGGAAAAAACGAAUAAUAUAUUAAACAUCACCCUUGAGAUCAUCUACCUGUUGACUGGAGAGGACUAUGUGGUUGUGAAGAAAAUAUCUGGGGAGCUUCUGACAACCAGCAGCAACUGUAUUUCAGGAGGACUGCGCAGGAUCCAGUACCCCAUAAUGAAAUCCUCACCUCUAAUUACAGAAAGAAACAAUGAGCAGAAGAUCCUAGAGCUCACCAACAAGAUCAUUGAGCUGCUGUCUAGAGAGGAUAUUGAAGAAGAAAAAGAUUUGAACCAAAAAGUGCUGAGGAGGAAGGUACGAAACCUCAAAUCACUAGAUGGAUCUAAUAAUGGGAAUAUUUCAGACAGAUAUCUUAGUUCCCCCUAUUCGCAGGAUUGCACAAAAGAAAGUCAUGGUGUUUCACGAAAUGAGGAAGAUGACCUUAUUGUGGUUAAGGUAGAAGAUGUAUGUGGAGAUGAAGAAUUGUAUGGAAGAGAUAUUCACAUUUGCAAGGAAGAGUUCCCUAGAGAAAUAAGCCAAGGACACGACAGCACACAUAUGGUUUUAUCUCAAGAUUGUGCCAUGGAAAGCAGCAUCAAUGAAGAUCCUUUAACAGAAAGUGGCCCAAAAAUACAAUCAGUGCUUCACAGUGAAGAACUUUCAUCAGAUGUCGCUAUGUAUGGAGAAUGGCUCCCCAAUAACUUGGGCAUUGUUACACAAACUACGACCCACAGAGAUGACAAAAUAUUUCCUUGUUUUCUGUGUGAUAAACGUUUUACCCGGAAGUCAAGUUUAGUAAGACACCAGAGAAUCCACACAGGCGAGAAGCCGUAUUCAUGUUCUCAGUGUCACAAAAGUUUCACACGCAAAACUACACUUGUGGAACACCAGAAAAUUCACACAGUUGACCAACAGCUGUCCAGCUUUAAUCAAGAGAAAAAUUUUGGAGAGAAAGAUGAUUUUGUGAUAAAACAAUUCAAACAAACAGAAGGUCAACAAUUUUCCUGUGAAGAUUGUGGGAAGGUCUUCACACUGAGGUCCCACCUCAUAAAGCAUCAGAGAAAUCACAGUAACGAAAAGCCAUUCUCAUGUUUAGAGUGUGGGAAAUCAUUUAUUCAGAAGUCCAUUCUUCUUGUGCACCAAAGAAGCCACACAGGGGAGAAACCAUAUUCAUGCUCAGAUUGCAGAAAAUGUUUCACCCAGAAAUCAGAUCUUGUGGUCCAUCAGAGAAUCCACACAGGGGAGAAACCAUUUUCAUGUUCUGAAUGUGGAAAAAGUUUCACCCAGAAGUCUACUCUGGUCAUACAUCAGAGGAUCCACAGAGGGGAGAAACCAUUUGCAUGUUCAGAGUGUGGGAGGUGUUUUACACAAAAAUCCACUCUUGUUACACACCAGAAAGUCCACACACCCCUAAAAUUACUAUUUGCCUUGCAACAGUCAUGAGUUGCUUCUUUUGCUGCAUGUUUUGUGUCCAUAUUGUAGCAUUUUACAUUGAUUUAAAAAUCAAAUGUUAAUUGAAGUGAACAAUCGGAUAUUUACAGCUUAUGUUAAAGUGGUUGUCCCAUUUCAACAACUUAUCCCAUAUCCACAGGAUAGGAGAUAAGUGUCUUAUGAUCUGUGGAGGUUCCAGUAGUCAAAUGCCUGCCGAUCAAGAGAAAGCGUUCCCCUGCUUCAAUGGAGUGGCAGGUAUGUCUGCGUGUCCACUGCUCCAUUCAAAUACAUAGGCACCCAAACUUAGCCCCUAUGGAUAUGGGAUGUUAUUGUAAUGGGACAACCUCUUUAAGUACAAUGGUUGAGUCUAAUGUUACUGGAUGAAACAUAAUAGUGAGUCAUCUCAGUUUUCAGUUGAGGCUCUUAUUGUCUAUACAACCAUACCAGGGAUAACCUUGAACUAAAAGAACAAAUAAAACAUAACUUCUAAUAAUUCUCAGAUAAAAUCACAUCCUUGUAACUCCAACUAGGGCCCAAAACUCCAGUAUUUAGCAGCAUUUGUUGAGUCACUUUAUGUCUUGAUCCCACACAGAUCGGGCCUACGUGCUGCCUCCUACUACCUCCAUACUAGGGGAAAUCACUUUGAGAGACACAACGGUUUCAUUUUAAGAUUAAUUGAAUUCAUACUCACCCGCAACUACUUGAUUCUCUGUACUACCACCAGCUUAGGGGGGCCACGAUAGGAUGCCCCUGUGCCCCCACUUAGGCUAAUCUCCUCCUGGAAUGGUCGGAGGAUACUGUGAUGUUCCCAGCUGACAAUGCAUGGUGGAGCAACAAGAUUGCUCUUUGGAAAAGAUAUAUGGCUGAUGCGUUUCUGUUGUGGACAGGUACCAGAGAUGAAUUCCACUAAUUCAUCUCUUCUUUAAACAUCAAUGAGAUUGGGUUAUUUUUCACUUUGGAGAUUCACCCUAAUACAAUAACAUUUGUGGAUGUAAGGGUCACAUGGACAGAGGGGAAACUUAAUUCAUCUAUUUUUCACAAGCCCACAGUCUCCUCCCAGGGGCAGAGUGGAAAGUUAAAGUGGCCCUGGAAUAAACCAAAUUUAAAGAAGGCAGGGCAACACAAGUAGGCGGGGUCAGCAAAACUAUAGCACAAAAUACUGUCCCAGCUGAACCAUAUACCGCAGUGCAGUACAAUAUAUUGUCCCAAAAGCGUUCCCUCUGUGGUGGCCAUCAUCAGCUGUCAUUUUCUGUCGUCCUCUUUUUAUCUCUGAUUUAGAUAUGGAGCAGGGGGUUUAAGGAACCGUACUCACUUGACCAGUGUACAGAGGCAGGGACACCACAGUUCAUCAAUUCUUCUUUAUUUAGGCUUGUCCAAACACAGCCGAUAAAUACGGAUCACAGACGGGUCCAACAAACAGCACACACUGACAGUGUUAACUCACACUGUCUACCUUCUUCCCCAGAUUGAGACAUACCUCCUUAGUCCAGCAGCAGGAUUAAAUAGAAUCCCUGGACAUGAGCAUGCCCCAAGUGGGGAACAGGCACCCAGCUACGCUAUCUAUCAUGGUGUCCACCAACUACCUUAGUGGACACCUAAUCUAGGGGCCUUUACUCCACCAAGGCUGGGCAGCUUGGUGACACGUUCCCAAUGCUAACAAAACCUCUUUUAGAAUGCUUCCUGCAGCAUUCUGGGUGACACAUAUCUCCCAUCAUAAAUGACUCUUGUCACUGCCUCACAGGAACUAAAAUUGAGGUGAGAUGCGGGCCACAGUAGUUGAAUUCAGGAGGGCAUGUGUGGUUGCUGGCUGGGAACACGAGUAACUUAUUCUCACAGAGUUAAUUACUACUGAGAUCUCAUUAUGGACCCAGCCAGAGGCAGAGAGGAAAGCUUGGGUGGCCCCUUGGGCAUUCACUGUGAAAUUUUCUUGUGAAGUCUAUGGCCAAUCUACCCCUGCCUGUGCCCGACAUCCAUGCAAUUGGCCUGCACUUGUUAUAAGCAUGAGGACAGAGUAAGUGGCUCUAUCAUGAACCCUGGUUCAUUAUACCAACGGUUUUAUUGUAUUUGCCUAUUAUCAUUGCCAUUAGCAUGAGGACAGAGUCAGUGGCUCAAUCCUGAGCCUCUGUCCAUUAAAUCACCAAUGUAUUUCUUGGUUUCACUUUCUUUAUCUAUGAUUUUGACUUGUACUGUCGCUGCUGUUUUCAUACGAUCAUGACUCGGUCCCCCUGAUAAACCCAGACAAGGGGGCAACCCGUUGGGACAAGAAUUUUCAUGGCAGCAUUGUUUUUUGUUUUAGGAACUGCAUUCUGUUUUGUUCAUCAGGGUACCCAGGGAUAGGUUGGAGUGUAGAGUGUAUUCACCAUCAGGGUGUUACUCCGUGUGCAGGGGUUGUUUUAGGGUUUAUAUUAAGGAAAAUGUAUCUUCCCCCUCACCCAUGCCUUGCCCAAUAUUAUUUAUUUAACUGUUCCCUGACACCAUUAUUGUUGCGUUUGUCUUUUUAUUGCUAUUUUGAGUUGCAAGGAUGUGAUUUUAUCAGACAACUAUUAAAAGUUAUGUUUUAUUUACAUUUUCAGUGAUUGCAUUAAUACUACUAUCCAAAUAUAAUUAAGGUUUCAGUGAUUUGGUUAUAAACUUUAACUGACAAUGGAGCAUGUGCUGCAUAAAUACUGUAUUUUGGCUUGUAGCAUCUGGUAUUUAGAUGCAUAGCCAAAACUAACAUCUUCUCCAGUUCUAGAAAAUAAUGUCAGUUAGGGUGGGUUCACACUAGCGUUAGGAAUUCCAUUAUGGCUUUCCAUUAUAACAUGGUUAUAACGGAAAAUAACGGAAUGCCCAGACAGAAUGCGAAACGGAAGCCUUUAAAAAGGCAUUCCAUUUGCUUUCCGUCCUAAUAAAAGUCUAUGGGAAAGCAUAACGGAUCCGUCUGGGUCCUGUUAUGCAAGAUGGAAAACAAAGUUCUGUCGACAUGUCUGGGUCCCGUCUUGCAUAACGGGACCCAGAUGGAUCCGUUUUGAUUCCCAUAGACUUCUAUUUGGAUGGAAAGCAAACGGAAUGCCUUUUAAAGGCUUCCGUUUUGCAUUCCGUUAUAAUAAAAGUCUAUGGGCAGAAGAACGGAUCCGUCCUUCCGUCUUAUAGAUUCCGUUAUUUUCCGUUAUAACGGAAUCCCCAACGCUAAUGUGAACCCACGAACUCACCCUUAAAGGGAUUUUCAAAGAUUUUAGUGGACAUAGCUGGUUAAUGCAGUUCUCUUCCCAUUCACUUCAAUUGCAGCAGUAUUACAGUUACCAGUUCUGUCCACUUCACAAUGGAUAGAGCUGAGUAGACAUUGGAGCUACUGAAGAACAGCUGAUCGGAAGACGUUUCCGACUAAUUGGCUAUCACUUGUAAAAUCCCAGAAAACUCAAUUAAGCUGAGCACUAUUUAUUUGUAGGUAAAACAAGUAUGCAUUCAGCACCAUUAAAUGUGAGUCUUGGGAUAUACUGUAUAGGUUUAGGUACAGCUGCAUUUAGCAGCAUUGAUUAAGAGAUUCCUUAAAGUGGUCUUCCUCAGGCCUCUAAGCACAGUGCUGAAAUGCGUAGCCUAUAUAAAGAUAAAUAAAUCCUCACUCCAUGUCAUCAUUCCAGCAAGCGCUCCUGAAAAUCUAUUUGAUCCUAGAGUUACUGUAAAAUAUUUUUCUCAGGCAGAUCCCAUAAGAUAACAGACUAAAAAUACAGUAAUGUGAAUGCGGCAACAGACUGAUUUAGAGGUCUGGAGUCCAUUAUGCCAUAAGUGUCAGUAUAAGUGUUCUAAUGAGCAAUUCAAAACAAUUUCAAAUGUCUGUUUAUAGAUUAAUCCCAUGGAUUGAUGAAGCCCACUCGAUCAGUUCUGUUAUUAUGAAUAUGCCCACAGUUCACAGUUCACGCAAGAACAAACCUAUUAAUCAUAGGAUGUGUAUAAAAUGAACUGGUUAUGUUUAUUGUCAAUCUGUUAAAAUGUGUCAUGAAAGGUUUAUAAACAAUUUUAUAUUUUCAUUAUUUCAAAUAUUUUGAUUGGUGGAACCUUUACUUGUAUCGAAGAGAUUGUCCACUUUCAAUGAAAUAGAAAUACUACCGUUUUUACAUGUCAUCUAUAUGUUUGGUAAUGAAAACCUCAACUUGUCCUGCAAAAAAACAGCCACAUUGAUGCAAACAUUAAAUAAUAUGGCUCUCUGAAUACAGCAACAGAAAUAAAGAGAUUUAA